UUCACAAUUUUAAAAAAAGAGUUUAAAAACAACUAAAUUCCUUACUCAUGCAGGCUUUCCUGUCCAAUCUGGCACAGGCAUACAAACUGCAUUCUUGGCUCUGAUUGGACGUGCAAAGGCGUGAGAUAUUUGCAUAUAGUAGGUUCCAGUGCAAGUCUGUGCAUCCACAGGAGUCCUGAAACCAGACUUUUAACAGCAGGGUGAUGCCUCUCUCUGGUACUUAACCAUAGACAUGUUUAUGAGCAUGAACUUUCGUGUUGUUGUUUUUAAUACCUGCAAGUAAAUUAAGCUCGAUCUUUUGAUUUUAACACAAGGAAAUGUUUGUUUUACACAUCAUCUAAUUUGAUGUGGUACAGGAUGUGUCUCAAGCUGAGAUAAAAUGGAGAAAUCUGGAAAGGAGCCAAAGCUAGAAAACAGCUUUCAACUUAUGAACGCUGGAGUAAGAGAAAAUGAAAUGGAUCGACCGAGAUGCUGCAUGAAUGCAGCUUAUUUCUACCGAAGCCCAAACAGAUGCAGAGAAAUGAAUCAAGAGUUUUGCGAGCAGAAACUUCAUUUUAUGCAGCAUGUGGAGAUGAUCCAACCCAGAGUACCAGAAGAUGGAAGAGAAACAUCUUCCAGGAUGAAUCUACAUCAUCAGUCUUCUGAUGACUGCUUUUCUCAAGGAGCGAUGCCGAAUGGCACAAAGAGAGAGUGCGGCUGCUGGGAAUGUGGAGCAAAGCGUUGUGGAACAACUGAGCCUGCAAAUGGAAACACAGCGAGAGGGGAGGAUGAAGGCGACGCUCAACCUCAGAGUGAUUUAGAAGAGGAACUCGAGGCUCCUUUGCCGCUGAAAGAUGACAACGAGUGGCAACACUGUACUCCCUUUUUACUUCCCCACCACGACGUGCAUAGCCGCGGAGAAUGGCUGUGUAAUCUCAACCGAUACCAUCCUCAGUCACGUCACCUCUCUGCUCCUUUCCAGCACUGGACACCUCGGAAUCAACCCCAAAAUGGGCUCCAGUUUCAUGACCACUUUAAGAAUAACAUCAUGGGAAGUGUCUCAGUUAACGUCCCUCACUUCUCACUUCCCACUGUGGAGGAUGUUUCACGGGUCAGCAUGCUGAAUGUGGGCUCAGCAGGAGCAGAGGAGUCCGCUUCACAUCCACACGGGAAAAGGAAGGGCAUCCAUUUGCCCGAUGAGUGCCGAAACGUUUUCAUCACUUACUCUUCGGACGUGUCCUCAGAGAUGGUCCCCUUUGUGGAUUUCCUCACAAAGCAAGGUUUUCGACCGGCUAUUGACUUAUAUGACAGCUCCAUUAGAUGUAUGGACGUCAACAAGUGGACAGACAGUUACCUUAAAGAUCCAUUAACCCUUAUUAUUAUCGCCAUCAGUCCAAAGUACAAGGAGGAUAUUGAAGGACCUGCAGUUGACAGCCAUGGUCUACACACCAGAUAUAUCCACUCAAUAAUGCAGAAUGAGUUCAUCCAGCAGGGGAGCUUGAAUUUUAGAUUCAUCCCGGUUCUCUUCCUUUGUGCAUCCCAGAAACAUGUCCCAAGCUGGCUCCAGAAUACUCGCGUGUACCGCUGGCCGCAGGACACUGAGGAUUUGUUACUGCGACUGCUGAGGGAGGAGAGAUACGUGGCUCCUCCUGUACCUGUGGAGCUCAGCUUAUUCAUCAGGCCUGUUACCAUGAGCGACGCAGCUACACUGUAAACAAACAAACUGGUGUUCGGGCAUGUGUCUGGGUUUAAUGUUUCUGCUUUAAAAGCUACAUUUUGCAGUAAGUUUAUUUUACAAAUCCACAGUUUGAUCCAGUUUAAGUUGAGAUAUAAGCUCAUGUUCCAAGUUCUAUUUUAUGUUAAGUGCUGUUUUUCAGAUGACUCAAUAAAGUUUUUUCCAUGUAUUUAGACACAUUUCUCUGGUACAUUUACUAUGUAAACAUACGCAGAAUAUAUUAUAUAAUAACUCUGAAUGGCAUUCCUACCAAUGGUGUGGCUUAUUAGCACAGGUGUCACCUUUUGGAGGUAUUGGCCUGUGGGAGACUUUCUUGGAACCACCCACAUACUUGUAAAUGUCCAGAUUACCUUCUCUCUCUUUGCAGCAUCCCCCCCUCCCCCUCCUUCUCAUUAUUCACUCCACAGCAGUGUUUGCUAAUCACAGUGUUGUACACAGCGCUUUUGUUGCUAUUAUUUUUAAUAUUUUCAUGGUUGUUUAUCAUGAAAGCAAUGUUCUUAGUUUAGCAUCAGGAUUAAGAGGGUGGCCUUUUUGUUGUUGUUGUGGUUUGGAUUGGAUUGCUCUUUUUACUGUGUGAAACUAUCUAACUUUAAUGAAAUUAUAUUAAGACUGGCCAAACCGACCAAUCUAAAAUAUAUUUGAAUAAAACAGAACAGACUUUAUCCAGAACUUUGGGGUGCAAAUCAGUCACCCUCCAUCACUUUAGCUGCUACUCAGGUUUUUCAGAUGUCCAAUGUCAGUGGAAUUUUCAUUGUGGUGGUUUUUUCUCAGAUGGAAAACAUACUUAAAGUCAUAUCAAUCAUUUUGUCAGUAUACAAAAUGUCAAUGCUAGCAGAGACCACUGAAUUUAAGUAACUACCGAUGAUUAAUUUAUUAUGUUCAUGUGAAAAAAAAACAAUACUGGAAAUAGGGAUUUUAAAUAAGAAAUGAACUUUAAGCUCUGUUGCCUUGGAGACACAAACCGUGGAUCCCGCGUUGCAGGUAUUAAUAUAAAAACCUGAACAACUGGAAGAAGCAGUUAUGGAAAAGAUUUGGGCCACCAGGGGGAAAAAAAACAAUUCUGACUUCUUUUUUUUUCGAUGGCCCUAAUCCCUUUCCAUAAGCAGUUACAGUUUUGGCUCCUGUUAACUUUUGUCAAACCAGGAUCAGGCUACAUUUAUCCAUCCAUGAUUCCUAUUAAUGACCUCUUGCAGAAAAACAUGCACUUAUGGACCUUUUUAUGGACCUUUUUUAUCGACUAGUACUGGUUCUGAAAUUACUCAAAAGAAGCUGUUUUAAC